AUGGAGUAUAUUUCUUUCCAGAGUUUUGGCAAGCUGGUGACGCCGCAGGACGAGCUGGACCGGAUCAGAGAGGAGAAGGAGAGAGAGGAGCUGGCGCGGCGGACGACAAAAAGGCGCGGCCGGAGACGUAAGAGCGAGAUCGAGCGCGCACGAUUGGAGGCAGAGAGGCAGCAGCAGCAGCAGGGAGAGGUGAAGCAGGAGGAACAGGACAAGCAGGACAAGCAGGAGGAAGUAUUUGAUGAGACAACGGUCGUCAAGGAGGAGACAAAGGACAUUAAUGAGGAGACGAGCGAGACGCUGAACGAGGCGACGGAAAAGGUGGAGGUGAACAAAGCGGGGGAGGAAAUAAAGGAGGAAAUAAAGGAGGAAACGAAGCAAGAAACGAAGCAAGACACCGAGGAGGCCGUCGAAGAGGCCGAAGAGGCUGUCGAAGAGGCUGUCGAAGAGGCCGUGCCGGUUGAAGGUCCCCCACAAAGAGUGGCCGUCCAGUUUAUCGAGUCGCACCUGCGCAAGGACAUCACGCGUCUGGAGCUCAAGGCGAUCCUGUUUGGCCCGCAGUCGAUCGUCCCCGGCCCACACCGCGACCCGCACGCUCAGACGAUCUACACAAUCAAGCGCGACUUCCAGAAAGAGCUGGACCUCAGGAAAGUCACCAAAGAGCGCGACGCCGUGUACGAGAAACUGCUGCAGCUCCCCAAGUUUGGCGAAACUUACCACACGGUGGAAGAUCUGGGCGUCGCCAAACAGACCGACGAGCACGUGAUCAACAUCACGACACCGGCACCGUUGGGUAUCUAUCUGCCGAACGGGGCCAAGAAGCAGUGUCCGAUCAACGGCGAGGACGCGAUGUACUACGACCCCUCAAACGGGGUGCCGUAUAACUCGGUCGAGGGGUACAAGGUGCUCAAGCACGUUGCCGAGGGCGGCUACUUUUGGACGCAGAUCGACGCCGGCGGCGUCAACUCGGUGUACAAGGGCGGUGUUGGGUGCUAUUUCGGCCGCUGGGACGACCGGCACGCGCAGGGCGUGCCGGAGGGGUUUGCUGGAUGA